AUGAUGAUUUAUCAAAGUGUCAAAACUAAUUAUUUGUCAAUCUUAUCCAAAUUUCUUGUACGUUGAUUUUUUUUUGUGUGGAAAAUGACGAAUACUAAUUCCGAUAAACCAUCUGAAAAGAAACACGCCGAAAAUUGUGAUUUAACUUCGGAAAGUGUGACAAGCGUUCAAAGUAAAAGAAGUGUUAGAAGUUCAAGAAGUACCAAAAGUGCCGUGAGUGUUAAGAGUACACGAGCCAACGGAGGCGGUGACACCAAUACCAACAAUCAAAGAAACGUUGAUAAUAUAUCAACUUGCUGUUGCUGUCCUAAUUGUCCCCAAAAAAAUCCAAUUCUCCCGCCAAAAUUAAGGAAAGAUAUUGAGAGUAAUAGUAUAAAUGAAGUGGUGCCACCUAUAAUUCCCAAAAGUCCAAACGUUCCAAGCAAAGCUACACCUCGAGAAGCUUCUCCAGCUCCAUCAGUAAGAUCUGUAAAAUCCGUCAAGUCAACGAAAUCUGUCGAGGAAAAAGAGCAAAGAGCUGAAGCACGUCAAGAAUCGAAUAACGUCAUCGGGAAGCAGGUGGUUGAAAAACCAGUAGAAUUAAGAGCCAGCAUUUUGUUGAACUAUUGUGAGUGCGCAAGGAAGAAUGGACUUCAAGACUUCUGUCCAAGAUAUAAAUGCCAACAACCAAUAAACGACAUUUAAUUGCCAUUAGUUAUAACAUAAUAUUAUUAAUAGCUUUAGUGGCUUCGACACAAGCAGGUCUCUUGGGAGCCCCAACAGCUUAUUCUACCGUUUCGUCGCAUGGUUUUAUCGGUAGUCCUGCUUAUGCUGCUCCAGCCAUUUCUUACGCUUCACCAGCAUUAACUACACACGCUUAUGCCGCUCCUGCUUUAUCUACAUAUGCCGCCCCUGCUUUACCGACUUAUGCUGCUCCAGCGUUGACGACACAUACCUAUGCCGCCCCUACAAUUUAUAAACAAGCCGCGACGGUAGUUAAAGCUGCACCAGCUGUAGAUUAUGCGGCCUACCCUAAAUACCAGUUCAAUUAUGGAGUAGCUGACGGACACACAGGAGACCAGAAAAGUCAAUCUGAGUACCGUGACGGCGAUACUGUCAAAGGACAAUAUUCCUUAGUAGAACCAGACGGUACAAUACGUACAGUAAAAUACACUGCCGAUGAUCAUAAUGGUUUCAAUGCCGUCGUAACCAGAUCCGGACACGCAGCCCAUCCUGCUACUCCAGUAGUUGCACAAAAAGUCAUCUCUCCUGCCAUUGCUGCACACUACAGCGUCGCACCAGCUCAUGAAUUUGGUGGAUACUAUGAUCACGGUUAUGGUAUUAAAGGUUAAUCGACUGGUUGCAGCAACGUAAUUCGUACAAUACCCGAAGGGUUACAGGGGAAUUGAAGCUCUACGACUGCCAUAUUUUUAUUUUCGGCUUGUUCCUGCUGUGUUGCGCUAUCUAAUUUAUUGCCUUACAUUAAAGCAAGGACUUGGUUAGUGUGAAUUGUACUAAAUAAUCUAUGAAUACAUUUCCAGGAAAGUCAGAUUUAUUGGAUCUGAAUUUUUUGGACUAAAUUGUGAAUACGACCGCUAUGCCAAAUGACUCUUGUUUAUAUGUUGUUCUUCUUCUGCGCUUGUACUAGUAAUCUAAUAGAUUUAUUAUGUAUAUAAUCUAGUAGUUUGUAUGUUUUUUACAAAUAUAUCAUGUGAAUGAAA